AAGACAGUAAGUUAACCGACAUUUGUGCGACUGACCCUCAAACGAGUGAGCGAACAAAUUGCAAAUAACUUGUCACGUUGCGUUAUGAAAAAUGUCAAAUUAAAAUUUCACGAAAGCGCAGCAUUGGCCGUACAUAUAAUACAUCCAUCCCGCACAUCAAAGGUAACAAUCAUUGGUAGAAAUGGACGUAUGAGAGCGGCACCUUGCGCGGGGCGUUCGCCGCGUCAGCUGAUCGCCGUUCGAACGGACUUGCCGAGGGGGGAAAGCGGCUCGUUCCUUCGCGCGAGUUGCUCGAGGCCGCUCGAGGUACGAGGCAGGGCGUCCCGGAGUUUUCGACUGACGGCUGAUGUAACCUACGACGCGGGGGUUGCCUGGUGGAAGGCGAGUUUCCCCGGGAUGCGGCAGCGUCCGCCGAUUGCUCGCCAAGCGCGGCUCAGCCCGAGGGGAGGAGUCGCCUCUCCUGACGAGCCGCUUGCGCGAUACGCCCGCCGCGUGUCGCCGAGUCGAUUCAUCGAAACCCCCGUACACCGAUAUCGUCAUCGAUGACACGUCCACACGUGUACGCAACAUGUCUGCGUGGUGCGGCCACUCGUUAGUCUCCCUCGCUGUCUCGGAGGGCUCGGGCGAUCGCCGCUUCUCGCGAGGAUAUUUCGGAGCCGUUCGCUCGAGAGGGACGUUCGACCCGCGCUGAUCAUGUUGAAGGCCGUUAUCUUGAUCGGGGGACCAUUGAAGGGGACUAGAUUCAGACCCCUGUCCCUGGACAUCCCGAAGCCGCUGUUCCCGGUGGCCGGACUGCCCAUGAUACAGCACCACAUCGAGGCCUGCACCAAAGUGCCCGGUCUCAACGAGGUGCUGAUAAUCGGGGCGUAUCCCAAGAACGGCCUGGAGCAGUUCGUGCUGGAGAUGUCGAGUACCUACGGCAUAGUCAUUCGUUACCUGCAGGAGUUCACGCCGCUUGGAACGGCGGGCGGCAUGUACCACUUCCGCGAUCAGAUCCGCUCGGGCGACCCGGCGUGCUUCUUCAUCAUGAACGGGGACGUCUGCGCCGACUUCCCGCUGCAGGAGAUGGUGGAGUUCCACCGCAGCGGGCGGGCGCUGCUCACGAUCAUGGCGACGGAGGCGACUCGGCAGCAAUCGUUGAACUACGGAUGCAUGGUCCUGGGGAAGGAGGGCGAGGUGGCGCACUACGUGGAGAAGCCCUCGACGUUCGUGUCGACCCUCAUCAAUUGCGGAAUAUACCUCGCGUCCCUGGAGAUCUUCCAAACGAUGGCGGACGUCUUUCACGCCAACCAGCAGCAAGAUCACAUAAUGCAAUUGUGCGGCAACGGGAGGGAUCCGGCGCACAUCGCGUUCGAGCAGGACAUACUGACGCGACUGGCGGGAACCGGCCGGCUGUUCGCGUUGCCUGUGCUCCGCUGGUGGUCGCAGGUGAAGACCGCGGGCUCCGCAAUCUACGCCAACCGGCAUUACCUGGCCCUCCACAAGCAGAAGCAACCGGACCGCCUCGCCUCCACGAGCAGCAAUCGCUGUUACAUUAUAGGCGACGUGUACAUUCAUCCGUCGGCCAGCGUGCAUCCGACCUCCGUGCUGGGUCCAAAUGUGAGCAUCGGCCCGAAAACGAAGAUCGAGCCUGGCGUGAGGAUCAGAGAGUCAAUCGUGCUGGCCAACGCACACAUACAGGCCCACUCUCUCAUUCUGUACAGCAUCAUAGGAACGGGCACCAGCGUGGGCGAGUGGGCUCGCGUCGAGGGGACUCCGUGCGAUCCCAAUCCCAAUAAACCGUUUGCGAAAAUGGAGAAUCCGCCGCUGUUUCACGCCAACGGCAAGCUGAACCCGUCCAUCGCGAUACUCGGUACCAGCGUCAGCCUGGCCGCGGAAAAGAUUCUGCUCAACUCGAUCGUUCUACCGCAUAAGGAACUCACGCGGAACUACAAGAACGAGAUUAUUCUUUAAUUGCCUGCAAGAGAGACUGCAACGUGCUAAUGAUUUAUAUAUUAAUAAGAGUCGCACAAACGAUAAAACGCUAGGUAUAUACAACGUACUUUUUCGAGAUUUGCUUUUCUAUUGAAUUGUGACAAAUCGUUUUGUAUCAUAAGAUGUUAAUAUAAGAUUUUUAUAUAACGUAUGCGCGCGGCGACUCCAAGCUAUGUACAUAGGGGCAGUGGCAAUGGCACAAAAUUUUUACAACGUACAGGCUUGUACAUAUCAUACGCGUAUAUAUGCGAACGUUGUCAGAUGUAUACAAGAAAAAAAAAUAUAUUACUCCGUAUUUUCGUAAGUGUA